CUUUUGUAACUCACAGGUUCCGGUUUCCGGUUCGUAAUUCUCGGAACGUAAACACUUUAAACGCGUAAACGCUGACGCUUGUCGCUUGUUCUCGUCGGAGGGAGGUAUCGACGUAUCGCGUUUAUCGUCGUGUGCUGCCAGAAGUUAUGAGUCAUAUUAUUUCUCCGUAAUUCGCUAAACAUUUGAGUCUCCAAGGGCGUCAGCGUCAAGAUGCGUGUCAGCUUGAAGGGCCCGUACGUUGUCCAAGUCGACGACGACGAAGGUAGGGCGAAGUCUCUCGCGAGUGGACAACAGCUGAUCAAAGAUGGAAAAAUUGGCACUUCGACUUCGGAGGCGGUACCUACAAAGAUGCAACGCUUAAAAAAGACGGUGUUGGACAGCGCGGGCAAGCUAGACUUUGGCGAGUUCGAGCUGCAGCUCUUCGACAACCGUUACAUGAACAACAAGCACCAGCCCAAGCCCGACAUGAAGCUGGGAGGGUGGUUCCGGCCGUCGUGCAUCCCCAUCUCCGUCAUCCUGGUUCUCAUCGUGCUCGUGGUUCUGUUCCCGCUCUUGGGACACUCCAGGGACCAGAGUGCAAGCCACGGGGCCUUCUCCAAGUGCAAGCAGUCCUGUACCCCGUUUGACUGCCUAGACUCCUGUUCAUUUACGCUCGUGGAAAGCAUACCUGAAAAUCUCACGUACCCCGACGGCUUGCCAGAACAUGUGAGCACCUUUGAAGCAUGGAAGACUCUUCUGGAGAAGGCGGAGAAAGAGAUCUUGAUAGCGUCUUUCUACUGGACUCUCCGUGGCAGCGAUCUCAACGACACAUUCCCCUCCGCGUGGCAGGGAGAGGAGAUCUUCAACAAAAUCCUGGAAGCGGGAACCGAGCGCGGCAUCAAGAUAAAAAUUGCCCAGAACCUGCCUUCACUCCAACAACCAAACUAUGACACGGAGGAGUUGGCUCGGAAAGGGGCGGCAGUUGUCCGUAGCCUCAACUUCACUCGCCUACAAGGUGCAGGAGUGCUGCACACAAAGUUCUGGAUCGUGGAUGGGAAGCACAUCUACUUGGGCAGUGCGAACAUGGAUUGGAGGUCCCUCACGCAGGUCAAGGAGCUGGGUGCCCUGGUGCUGGACUGCGAGUGCCUGGCGGCGGACCUGAUGAAGGUGUUCGAGGUGUACUGGACGCUGGGUGUGCCCGACGCGACGGUGCCGGCCCACUGGCCAGCCAACCUGAGCACCCAGAUCAACGCCCUGACACCCGCACGGCUCUCGCUCAAUGGGACACAGACCCUCGCUUACUUCUCUAGCUCCCCGCCAAGCUUUUCGCCCGACGGACGGACGCAGGAUAUUGACAGCAUCCUGGAUGUUAUAGCCAGUGCCAAGAAGUACAUCCACAUAGCUGUCAUGGACUACUACCCCGUAAUGCUCUACGGAAAAAACAAGACGUUUUGGCCCCGCAUCGACGACGCACUGAAGGCGGCAGCUGUUGAACGCAAUGUGCGAGUUCGGCUGCUAGUGAGCAAGUGGACGAGCACCAGGGGCUAUAUGUUCUCCUUUCUGCGGUCCCUUGCGGCCGUCAGCUACAAUUCCAAGUAUUACAGGCCCAGCAUCGAAGUGAAAUACUUUGUGGUCCCAACUUUCACGCCAGAGCAGGAAAAGGUACCCUACGCCAGGGUGAACCACAACAAAUACAUGGUGACCGACAACAAGGCUUACAUCGGAACGUCAAACUGGUCUCCUGAUUACUUCAUCAACACCGGUGGCGUCGGGCUGAUCAUGGACCAAUCCCACAACAGCUCGUCGCCGAGCCAGCCAAUCAGGGAACAGCUCGAGUCGGUGUUCGAACGCGACUGGCACUCCGAAUAUGCAGACCCUUUGUAGUGCACGGUACCAGCAAACCAUGUCAGGAAGAUGCCAAGCUAUGGAACGCAUGCCGUUCUGCGGCAUGCCGUGGACUCAUGUACAGUGUUGACGCAAGGUCCAUCAGUGACAAAGACAUUCAAUAACGCCGACAAUCUUUCAACUGGCCAUCCUUUCGGAUAACACGUCAAGUGCGUCGUUUUGAUGGAGCAGCUCUCUGAGGUGGCAGUCUUUUUAUAGCAUGGACAUAGGUUGCAGAUCAGCAAAUGCGAAGGGAGCUAUGCACGUAGCUCCGUUCGCCUACCGGGGUACGACACCUUUUCUACGACCAGUGCAGUUAUGAGGCACUUUAUACUUACCGUGUACCCAGUACCAUUCUCGAGUGUCUCCAUAUUAUUUGCAUCGACGUGAUCUAAGGUUUCGAAUGCCCUUUCUCAUUCAAUGUGUACAGCUAUUUUUGUUGUUUUAUUGUUUCCACAAUUCGUUUUACACCGACAGAAGGACGCGGCGAUGCACACGUGCGAGAAUGCAGCUUCGUAAAGUGCGUUAUCCGCACAAGCUUAAAUGGAGCAAAAGCAACUGUUUAAAUUAUAUUUGUAGCCCAUCGUAUUGUUCUCACAUUAAGGUAAAACAGAGCACAGCACGUUUGUUUUCAACUCUACAUGCACUCAUACACAUAUUAUGUACCUUAUGCAAUCAAUGAAAUGUUCAUAACGCAGCUGAUGAAUAUUUCUGUGCCAACUCAUAACUUCUUGUAAUGAAUUCCUACUGCCGUGAUUCAUACUCUAGUAACGCGUUUAAAUGCAGUCUUUGUAGACUUUUUUUUUCAUAUCCUCAUGUGUGGUUACCUGUAUAUUAUUGUUACAUGGAUGUAAACAAGAUUAUCAUAAAUAUAAACUCUCAGACGUACUUAACGGCAAACUACGACGAGCAACUUUGACCAAUGCCGUGCUUUUUACGGCUUGUUCAAACCACUACUUUUUUGGCAGACGAGUUUCCAAUUCAAAUGUACUGGGAAUCAAUGUGAAAUACUAGUGGACCCUUAUUAGACAAUUGAAGCCUACUCCAUUGACUAGAACAGUCGAGGUAAAACGGCAAAGCGAUAUUUCCAUUUGGGUCUGGUUAGUUUACACACGGACAUUCCGUAGUUCAAGCUAUAGAUAAAAAAAAUUUGAUUUUAAUGUAAAAAAAACUGUCAAAUUUCUUUUUUUUUUUUUGGUGGUUGCUUUGGAUGCAAAUGAUGCACAACUCAUUGGUGGCUUGUAGCGUCAAACAAUUCGUGGAACACGUUUGAGUCCCCACGUGAUAUCUCGGAGUGCAAAAAUGUGCUGCCAUUUUGGGCUUAAAGGCCUGUGAUAUUUAGUAGUUUAACCAUGCUGCACAACUAGCAUUACAGAUAUCACAUUUUCAUCUCAAGUGGAGGAGCAGAAAAAAAAAACAUGACUCCGAUUGUCAACAGCGUGCCGGGGGAUAAACCUGUCGAGUACUGACGGCGGGAGGCAAAUACUGCAGAACCCUGAAACCAUCUGACAACCUCGAUGCAUAAAAAAAAAAAGAAGACUGAAGAAGAAAUUGAUAAGAUAUUGUACAGCCUACCAUUCAUUUGCAACAAACUGCCAAAGGAACAAACAUAUAAGAGGGGUUCAUUGUAAAUAGUAUGUAAUUUGUGAUCCUGUCUUCUUGUUUUUUUUUUUCUUGGUUCCCAAUGUGCUCUGCCGUUGGAUGAGGGGCUGAGAAUGAUUUUGGCUCCCAGCAACUGACAAUGCAUUCGUUGUGCUCUUGUAAAAGGCAGUGUGCCAUGUUGGUCGUGCAGAUUGUUGCUAUGCAAUAAAGAGAGCUGUCUUGUAAGAAACCAAACCGUUUGUUCAAGUUUCUGAGAAAAUAAAAAUGUUUGCUCCGCAAUUUGCAGAGUUCUCUGUA